ACACAUGUUAUUAGCAUUCCUGCAAAACACGUUGGUGGAUCCGUACGCCAUUUAUUGGAGGAGUGGUGCGACAAAGUAAUGUGAGCCGAUGAACUCCCGCAUACGGCGUGCUGGAUUUGAGCGCAACGCAGGAAAUAUGAUGGUGGUUGCAACUACGACGACAUCGCCUUCGAUCCACAGCGUCGGAGCCACCAAAGUCGAAAAUUAUGACGACGACGACGACGCACAUUUGGAAACGUGGCUCAUCUAUGGCAUAGUGGGUAUCGCAGUGGUGGCCUCGCUGGCGCUCCUUCUGAUAUCCGUUCUGGGCCAUUUCGCCAAGAAGAGGGCAUCAGAAGAGAGGAGGUGCUCAAGCACUAGCGAUACGAUCAGCAGAGACUCGUGGGUUAUUGUCUGCAACGAAGUUCCCGAAGUCCAUUCAAUAGAAAAGCCCGGAACAAGUUUUCCGGGGGACGAUAUCCAGAAUCCCUCACCAACUCUGCAGCGGACAACCGAGCACGCGGAUGCAGCAUCAUUCGCCGCGCCCAGUUAAUCAUGCUUGGAAAGACAGCGGCUGUCGCUCAGAACUUUGUUCACCACCCAGCUGGAGAAUACCGUCAACGGAAACACGCAGACUUUUGUAGUGGAAGGAGCCGACCGGGCUGCGUGAAACAAACUGCACCGGCUGCGGAGGCUCAGUGGUGAUUCUACUGAGUUGCUUCUUCCACAGCUGCUUCUUGUUGUGGCCUGACAAGUCAACGCGCUUGGAUUCUUGGUGUGGUGCUAAUAUACGCGUCGCGGUGGCCCAUAAGGUUCUUCAUCUGCGUAAGAAUUCGCAGUUUCUAAUUCGAAUCUCGAAGCCGUACAGCCUUUCGAUAAAAGAGAAAUGGAGAAAGUGCGAGUGUAUAUAGUAUUCGAUGAAUGCUAAAGAACUCCUCUGGGAAAUUCAAAAGCUUAGUCUUCGCCUUCGUGCUUCUUAGUUCGCUAUCGGUUAAUAUUGUUUGAAGAUUGUGCACAGAAGCUUGCGGCACACGGCGAUAAAUACAAAAGUGUGAGCUGGCCGAUAGGGAAACUUAGUCAGGUGGUCGGAUUCUCUUAGUCGGAACAACUGCCUAGAAUUUUCACACUUGAAGGCAUUUGACAAAUACGCAGCCUGCCGCGAACGAUGAUGCCGGCAGAUAUUCGGCGCAAGACUGCUUGUAGCUGUGCAAGGCGCGUCGCAGAUCUGUGCUUCGCAGUGUGCAACCAUAUGAAGUGCAGGCUGUGACAAUGUGAACGGGUCAACGAGUUGGUAAUUGUAUUUCACAAUAAAUGAGCUUUGUAACGAAAAGGAAGAGAGCAUCUGGAGAAACUCUUGCGGAGAAGACCGGGUGCAGCAUUGCUUGGUAACAAUUCAUUUGAUAUUCGAAUCUCGUUUCGUUUUUGUAGCACCGUCUGGCAAAUCCUGAUUAUGAUGAUAUAACGGCGUCCGAGUCAGCGACGCUGCGCGAACAGGAAGCAAUUAAGAUAUCCGGAGGUUAAUUAUCAUCAUUAUCAUCAUCAUCGUCAUCAC